AUGAACAGAUUUUAUUCCAUGGAGGCGGUGGAGCCAGAGAACGGGACUAAAGUUAGAGAGUCCUUCAAGUUUGUGUCGGAGGUGAAGACGGAUGUAGGGAGGGACGGUGGAGAGGAGCCAUCAGAGCCCUCCUGCUGUCUCAGUGUCAGCAAUAUCUCCUACACAGUCAGUGAGCGUGUGGGUCCCUGGUGGGACUUACCCUCCUACAAGAAGCGAUGGACUCGUAAAAUCCUCAAUGAUGUCUCCUUCCACGUAGACAGUGGGCAGAUCAUGGGCAUACUGGGCAAUUCAGGCUCAGGAAAGACCACGUUGUUGGAUGCCAUCUCAGGGAGGAUUGGAAACCAUGGUAUGCUGUUGGGUGAGAUCUUCGUUAAUGGCAGGAAAAUGAAGAGAGAUGAGUACCAGGACUGCUUCUCCUAUGUACUGCAGAGUGAUAACUUGUUGAGUUAUCUGACAGUGGAGGAGACUCUGACCUAUACAGCCCAGCUGGCUCUGAGGAAACACUCAGCCGCAGCUAUCAAGAAGAAGGUGUCGUCGGUGAUGGCCGAGCUGAGUCUGAGUCACGUGGCCCACAGCGUUAUUGGAGGUCGUGUUUUCCCGGGGAUCUCUGGGGGCGAGAGAAGAAGGGUCUCCAUUGCCGGCCAGCUGCUUCAGGACCCAAGGGUGAUCCUAUUGGAUGAGCCGACCACUGGCCUGGACAGCAUGACCGCCAAUCAGAUUGUGGUGCUGCUGGCAGAGCUGGCCAGGAGGAACCGUAUCGUGAUAGUAACCAUCCACCAACCUCGCUCCGAGCUCUUCAGGGUGUUCAGCAGGAUAGCUAUAAUGAGUCGUGGAGAGCUGGUGUUCUGUGGGAAGCCAGAAGAGAUGGUGGACUUUUUCAGCCAAUGUGGAUAUGAGUGUCCAGAGUACUGCAACCCCUUUGACAUCUACGUUGACUUCACCUCAGUGGACACACGCAGCAGUGAGAGGGAGACGGCCACCUUCAGUCGCAUGCAUGAGAUCACUUCAUCCUAUCAGAGGUCUACCAUCUACCAGGGCAUGUUGGGCAAAAUGGAGCAAAGCCUGCAGCGAUCAGACAAGCCAGACAUCCCCUUUAAGAGCAAAGAGUCACCCAGCGGUGCAGCCAAACUUGAAGUUCUGCUAAGGAGGACAGCAAGAAACCUGUCCAGAGACAGGAUGGGUGUUCUGAUGCGUCUGUCCCAGAACCUGAUCUACGGUCUUUUUGUGGCGUUCUUUGUGAUGCAUCUAGACAACGACGUCAACAAGGGUGCUGUGCAAGACCGCAUUGGCAUCAUCUAUCAGAGCGUUGGUGCUUCGCCCUACACUGGCAUGCUGAAUGCUGUAGCUCUCUUCCCGGCAUUGCGAGCCAUCAGUGACCAGGAGAGUAAAGAUGGUCUGUACAGUAAAUGGCAAAUGUUCUUGGCCUACAUCUUCCACAUCCUGCCCUUCAGCAUCCUGAGUGUUUUCAUUUUCACUUCCUUCCUUUACUGGACGGUGGGGAUGCAUCCUGACAGCCUGCGCUUCCUGUGUUUCACUGCUGUAGUCCUGGUGCCACAUAUUAUAGGUGAGCUCCUGACUGUGGUGUUAUUAGGAGUUGUUCAAGACCCUAACAUGGUCAACACUGGAGUUGCUCUGCUCAAUAUUGCAGGGAUUGUGGUGGGAUCUGGCUUCCUAAGAAGCACCCAGCAGAUGCCGGUGGUCUUCCAGUGGCUCAGCUACCUGACCUUCCAGAAGUACAGCUGUGAGCUGCUCAUAGUCACUGAGUUCCAAGGACUUGACUUCACAUGCAAUAAUUCCAAACCUUUGCCGGGAGCCUGUCUGGUCACUCAAGGCAAUCAGAUCAUUGAUGAGGGCUAUCCUGGCGCUCUGUCCCGAUACACACUAGACUUUGUUCUCCUCUACUCCUUCCUGCCUGCCCUCCUGCUACUGGGCAUGAUUAGCUUUAAGAUCAGAGACAGGCUUGUAUGUCACUGA